CUGCGCUUCCGGUAGUAAGCUACCAAAGCUUCAUAACAAUUAUCAUUUGCAUUAUCACGUUAUCAUUUGGAUAGAGACAGGUCAGUUAAUUAUUUCCACUGACAUUUGAAGUCUGUCCAUCGGUUUUACGUGCCAUGUUUUUGACGCUGCACGGAGGACACUGAUCAUAUAACGCAGUUGAACACAAGUCCAAUCGUUCUACCGGGUCGCUUCAGUAUGUUGUGCCGAGCUGUGGUUGUCAGCAGUGGGCAGAGGGUGUUGCGGUACCUCCGUGUAGUGCGGUUUGUGACCCAGUGUGGUACACGUACUAACGUCACCUACAUACAAGGCCAGAGCCCCGAACCGCGCAUUCGGGAAUACUUCUACUACAUUGACCACCAAGGACAGCUCUUCCUUGAUGACACUAAAAUGAAAAACUUUGUCACGUGCUUCAAAGAUAAGCACUUCCUGGUGUUCUUCUUCACCCGUCUCCGUAGGAACGAGAGUGGGCGGUACCAGGACCACUUCCCCUUCCUGUCCCUGUGUGGCCGCGAGAGGAACUUCCUGCGCUGUGACGACCGUCCGCUGGUGUUCACCCACCUGAUGCCCGCCACUGGGGGGACGGAGACCGCUGGGGGUACGGUGACAGAGGUGGGGACAGGAGGAGCCCCAGAGCUGCUGUCGUUCUGUUGGGGUGGUGACAAGCUGGCCGUCCAGUUCCGUCCAGAGUCUCUCUACAUGCAUCCUGGGACUGGGCGUGUCUACCACCCCUGCUCCGAGCGCCUGGGGGGCGUCGGCCUGGUGCGCUCCACCCUCGCCAUCGAGCUCAGCCCUUUCUUCCUGUACCCACCUGAACAACGCCAAUCAGAACAGCCCACACACUUCCUGUGGGCGGGACAACAGCACACACUAACCAAUGAACUGGCAGGAUGUUUCCCCCCGGAGGAGGGAGGGAUGGGCUGAUUGGAAUAACACUGGUGUAUUCAGAGGGCAGAAUAUGAAUGCCCUAAUGUUGCCAAUUGAAAGGCAAUGUAUAGAGUGGACAUGAUGGUAGUGUCCCAAAUGGCACCCUAUUCCCUAUAUAGUGUACUAC